GCCUCGUAGUCUCUCCUUAAACUAUUGAUAACAUAUCGGGUGUCUGUUACUACUAACCAUACAGUAUAUACUGUUACUUCAGCCACUAACCAUACAGUAUAUUGUAUGACCACUCAUGUGGUCAGCCCGCGAUAUUUGAAUCGAUAUUUGCAAAAAGCUCCUUUGAAGUACGGCCACGACUCGUUAUCCCUCCGUUAAAUACUGAUAACAUAUCUGUAUUUGCCUAAGCAGAAAGAGAGACAGGCUCCUUACCCACACAAUACUUUGAUUGACUUCGCAAGCAAUUCAGAAAUUACCUCUAACGGACAUCGACGGGAAAGCAGGGUAGAAAAAAAUGGGUGCAAUGGAGCCACGAUCUGAUGAGGUACUGCACCUAAAGGAGGAUUUAGCCCAACUCCAAGCAGAGCUGGAUGCAGCCUACGAUAUUAUCAGUGAGAUGGACGAUGACGAUAUUUUGGAAAUUCAAAACCAAUGGCUGCGCGAUGAACUGAAAGAAUUCAAAGAAAAAUCAGGAUGGGAAGAUCUUGGAGAUGUAUCACACAGAAACAUAGGGGAGCGGCAAUCUGAUCGACAUAAGCGUCGCAGAUAUAGAGAGAAUGUGGCCCGCGGCAUGCAUGGACAGAGUCUGAAAGAUUUAGCACUAGAGCGACGAUAUGGACGGCAAUGGGAUGGAUCGGUUAUAGGGGAACUACUCCGAUGCUGCAGGGCGGGAGCGGCUCAGAAUUGAAUCUUUAUAUUAUUUACUAUGCACAUUCGCACAAUUAUAGACGUUCGACAGUAUUAGGUAUUAAAAAUCUUAUCAAAUGUA